GCCCCACGUGGGGCGGGGCUCCCGCGGCCGCGGGCUCUGCAGUUCGGACUCCGAGCGCCACAGUCGCUGCAGUUCCCUCCACUCUGGUGGCUCUGCGGGAAGUCCGGGGGGGUCCUUGGGCCGCUUGGAUUUGACCCAAGCCCUGUCUUGUCUCUCCCACUCCGUGCGACCUAGACGGUCAAGGUAGCGGGGACAUGGAGCCUUCUCCCGCCACCGGAGGCUCGGAGACCACCCGCCUAGUGAGCUCCGGAGACCGCAGCAGCGCCGGCGGCGGCCUGCGAUUGAAGAGUCUUUUCACAGAGCCCUCAGAGCCCCUCCCCGAGGAGCCCAAGCUUGAGGGGAUGGCCUUCCACCACUGCCAUAAGGACCCCACGCUCCAUUCAGGCCUCUCUUCAGAGAGGCUGCAGGCCCGGAGGCAACUGUAUGCUGCUUGUGCUGUGUGCUUCAUCUUCAUGGCUGGGGAGGUGGUUGGUGGGUAUUUGGCACACAGCUUGGCCAUUAUGACCGACGCUGCUCACUUGCUGGCAGAUGUAGGCAGCAUGAUGGGCAGCCUCUUCUCCCUUUGGCUCUCCACUCGGCCAGCCACCCGCACCAUGACUUUCGGCUGGCACCGCUCAGAGACUCUGGGAGCUUUGGCCUCUGUGGUCUCCCUCUGGAUGGUCACUGGCGUCCUCCUGUACCUGGCCUUCAUCCGCCUGCUGCAUAGUGACUACCACAUAGAGGGCGGUGCCAUGUUGCUGACGGCCAGCAUUGCCGUCUGUGCCAAUAUGCUCAUGGCCUUUAUGCUGCACCAGGCAGGGCCCCCCCACAGCCAUGGAUCUAGGGGAACCGAGUAUGCCCCGCUGGAGGAGGGGAAUGGCUACUCCCUGCCCCUGGGAAACACCAGUGUGCGGGCUGCCUUUGUGCACGUGCUGGGGGAUCUCCUUCAGAGCCUUGGGGUCCUGGCUGCCUCCAUCCUGAUCUACUUCAAGCCCCAGUACAAGGCAGCUGACCCUAUCAGCACUUUCCUCUUCUCUAUCUGUGCCCUUGGAUCCACAGCCCCCACCCUUCGAGAUGUCCUCCGCAUCCUCAUGGAAGGUGCCCCUCGAAGCAUAGGAUUUGAGCCUGUGAGGGACACCUUGCUGUCAGUGCCAGGAGUCCGAGCAACCCAUGAGCUCCACCUGUGGGCCCUGACGCUUACUUACCAUGUGGCUUCUGCACACCUGGCUAUUGACUCCACCGCUGACCCUGAAGCCGUCCUGGCUGAAGCCUCCUCCCGGCUCUAUUCCCGGUUUGGAUUCUCCAGCUGCACCCUGCAGGUGGAGCAAUACCAGCCUGAGAUGGCCCAGUGUCAGCGCUGCCGGGAGCCCCAGCAAGCCUGAGCCUCACCCCCACCCUCACCCCCCACUGCCAGGCCCAGGCUUGGCCCUGGACUCUCAGCACCUGCCUCCCUAGUCACAGAAGGGACCUUUCUCUCUCCAUUUCUCACCUGCCAGAUGCCCCAGCCCCUGCCCCGGCGGUCAAGACCAGUGUGUGUAUGAAGGCGACUCAGGGAGGGGUAUUAGACUGAAUGGCCGGAAGCAGUUCAGGGGUGUGUGGUGUGUGGAAGCCCCACCAUUCGUGCUCCACACGGCCUGGAGAGUCACGCUUGUCCUUUCUGUACACUCCAUGUGUCCUUGUGGCAGGCUGGCUGCCGAGCUGGGGACAUCUGCCUGUCUUCGUGCUGUUCAUGUGCCUAUGCCUGGGGAGGUCAUCAGGGGCCCCCUCCCCACGUGAUCCUUGCUCUGUCUAUGCAGGGGCCCCAAAGCCUGCACUUUGUUUGUGUGCCCGAAGUCCUGUGGUUGUGUCUGUUGUGUGUUUGUUCUUUGGUGCUGUGGCCCGUGUGUCUCUGUGCUUGUGUGGCUGUGCUCUGUGUGUGGCUCUGUGAGUCUGCUCCACCUGUGUGUCCAUUUAGGGAUCUGUCUAUCCAUCCCUCUGUUGGUGCUGUGUCCCCUGCUUUCCCCCAGGGAAUGGGGAGGACACCACUGCAGCUCCACCAAUAAACUUGUAUCUUAUUGCAUUUCUGUACUCUGACUCCUCAGAAGUAGGCUCUGGCGUGGCCACCACAAGCCCCUGGCCCUCGCAGUCGUCUUCCGUCUCUGGCCAUGGAUAGAUUCCGAUGGAGGCUAGAAGCCACCAGCCUCCCCCAGCCUUUCCAGCCCAGGCUCUUGACUCAGAGGAGCCCCAGUGUGAGCAGAGCAAGGCUGCAGGAGGUGAUCCUGGGGAGCCCUUCCCACUUAAAAGCUCCAGCAGGCCAGGGCACAAUCCUGUUAGUGGGAAACUGGACCCUUUGGGGGAAAGGGUUAG